GUCCUUCAGGGAUGUGCCCCAAAGGAAGAGGUCGACGAGAUUCCCACCGAGUCGGGGGGGCAGAUGUCAGGCAACAGGACUCGGUACAGCGCGGCAGGCUGCGAUUUGGCGAACUCCACCGAGACCGACUUUGACCCAGUUGAGGUGGGGCCGUGCGUCAGUAGCGACGUCGCCGAGUCUAGCUAUCAGUUUCGGUGCGUGCACUCCAAUGGCGCUGCGAACAUCACGUUUGCGAGGUAUAGCGCCCGGUCCUGCACAGGCGAGCCAGCAGACUACUACAGCUUUGAAGCCAACAAGUGUGUACCGGAAGACGAUUCCCUCUAA